CACAGGUGAGCGGUGAGGAGCUGGGACAGGUGUGAGGAGUUGUGUACCUGGUGACAUGGAGCUCAGAAGUCUGCUGGCCCUGUGCCUCCUCAGUGUCAUCCCUGCAGGCAAUGCUGAGGUACAAAUUUUACUUUCCAUACCUAGCCUCCUGAAGAGUGGGGAGCCAGGAAAGGCAUGUCUGACAGUCAAGCGACACACCGAUUCCGUGGAUGUUCAGGCCAUCCUCGAAGUUGGUGAAACAAACCACACUGUUAUCAAUGAUCAGAUCCCACCUGGUGAUGCCUUUAAAACCUAUGAAUUACAGGUGCCAGAGGUGAAACAACCAACUCCAGUGUUCCUCCUCAUCAGAGCUGUCAGUGGGAACUACAACUAUACGGCUCGCAGGUCUGUGGUCCUCGCUCCAGCUGGCAAUGUUGCCUUCAUCCAGACAGACAAGGCACUGUACAAGGGUGGCCAGGAAGUAAAAAUGUACGUGAUGGCAAUGGACAAUAAUUUACACCCAGUGGAGGAAACGUUCCCUGAAAUCUAUGUAAAGGAUCCGGCUGGGAAUCUGAUACAUCAAUGGCUGGACCAGACUACGAAGGGAUCCUUCCUGUAUCAAACUUUCACCAUGCUUGAGGAUGCAGAGCUUGGAACUUAUCAGAUUGUAGCUAAAAGACAGUCUGGUGCCUUGGUCACUAAACCUAUCAAAACUGAUAAGUAUGUUUUGCCCAAGUUUAAACUAACGCUGACAGCUCCCAAUAGUGUGACCAUCCUGCACAAGAAUAUUUCCAUUCAGUUGAAUGCCAGGUACACAUAUGAUCAGGGGGUCCCAGGACAAAUAUCAGGCAGACUGUGCAGACCACCAAAUAACUAUUAUCCAGGAAACACCUGCAAUAGGAGUCCUGAUGGCAUCUGUGUGCCAUUCACUGGAACGACCGAUUCCGAAGGUACAUUUAAAGGAAACGUUGAUCUCUCAACAUUCCAGCUUGACCGCUCAGGAUACCAGAUGUCCUUUAUUUUGCAGGUCACUCUUACAGAACAGGGGACAAAUGUCCAAGCAACUGAAACCAAAACCAUCUCGAUCACCAGCCAGCUAGGCCGAGCCCGUUUUGAUGAUGAGAUUAUGCGUACAGAUUACAAAAAAGGAAUUAAUUUUACUGUGGGGGUUGUUGUUGAGAAUGCACAGGGGCAGCCUGAGAGUGGCCAGGUGGUGGAACUCCAAAUGGACGGAAUGUUUCUUCAGAACCUGACAUCUGAUGAGCGUGGCAAAGCACAAUGUGAAGUUGAUACCUCAACAUUUGCCACUUCAAAUGUCAACUUUCAGCUGAUUUACAAGAACCAAGAACAAUGCUAUGAUGGCAACUGGAUUGUGCCAACUUACGCCAAUGAUUAUCGAUCUGUCGGCCGAUUCUUCUCUCGCACUGGUAGCUUUAUGCAGCUUCAGGGCCCCAAAGAAGAUCUACAGUGCGGUAAAAUGCACAACAUCAAGGUUCAGUACUCAUUUGGCAAAGAUGCUCUGGCUGCAGGAGAAACCACCAUCAAAAUUGUCUUCAUGGUCAUUGCAAGAGCAAAGAUUGUGGAAUCUGGUGAACAUGCUGUGGAUGUGUCCCAAUCUCUUAAAGGAGAAUUCAACCUACCCUACGAGGCAUCUGCUGAUCAUGUCCCUACUGUUCAAUUUGCCGUACAGUACAUGCUGAAGGAUGAGCUGGUGGGAGAUGUCAUUAAUCUCAACUUGGAGAAAUGCUUCAAAAACCAGGUUUCUGCUAAUUUCACAUCACCAAAAGAAACCCCUGGCUCUUUUGUUGGCUUGGCAAUGAAAACAUCCUCCGACUCUUCCUGCUUAGUCAAUAUUGUGGAUUCAAGCCUCCUGAUUCUUAAUGCAGGUCAAACCAUUUCUGCUGAUACGGUGUAUAACUCUCUUCAGUACACCAGCCUGAAUGGAUUCUAUGCAGCAGGAUUCAAUCUAGAGCCUCCUCAGCCGCCCUGUAUUGAUAAUAAUAAACAGAUCCUGGUCAAUGGAACCUAUUGGCAAAUUGUUGACUUCCCUGGGGAAGAGGAUGUCGGUAAGGUGUAUAGUAGAAUCGGUAUGCAUAUGAUCACUGGUGUGCCCUCCCAGCAGCCACAGUUGUGCUCACGGUCCAAUUUUUUUGGAUCAGGGAUAAUUGGACGGCCAUCUCUGGCAUUUGAUCGGCCUCUUGCAAGCGCUGACUUCGCAUCUACUGUAGUCACAACAAAUGCUGUACCAGAAAGUGUUGCAGCCCCAGUGAUCUCCGUGAGGAAUUUUUUUCCAGAAGUGUGGUUUUUUGGGAUCUCGCAAGUGGGGGCAAAUGGUUCCAUUUUAAACCUGGAGGUCCCUGGAACCAUCACAGAGUGGAAAGGCGAUAUGAUGUGUCUCUCAAAUGGGACUGGUUUCGGCAUGACCAAAUAUCCAGCCAACUUCACUUCCUUCCAGAAGUUCUUUGCAGACCUCUCCCUUCCAGCUUCCAUCGUCCGUGGAGAAAGCAUGCGUCUGGUGGCUUCUGUGGCCAACUACCUUGACAAAUGCGCCAAGGUACGUGUCACUUUACAGUCUUCAGAUGACUUUGUAGCGGAACCCAUUCACACGGAAUCGGUGAAAUGCGUUUGUUCACAAGAAAGAGCCACCUUCUCCUGGAAGAUAAAUGCUACAUCCAUAGGUGUUGCUAAUGUCUCUGUGACGGCUGAAACCAUUCACAUUGGCGACUCAUGUGAGGGACCUGCUGAUCCUAAAGAACCAAACCACAAGGACACCAUGGUGCAGAGUUUCAUUGUGGAGCCUGAAGGCCUCAAACAAGAAGUGACCAAAACCAACUUUGUCUGUGUCAAAGGUUCAAACGCAUUCGUAGAAGUUAAUAUCAACCCCUCGGGUAGCAUUGUUCCUGGGUCUAUGUCUGCGAAGUUUCAAACAAUGGGAGACGUGUUGGGCCGGGUUUUGCAGAAUCCUGAGGACGUGAUGAAGGGGCCCAAAGGAUGUGGAGAGCAAGUUGUUGCUACACUAAUACCGAUCGUGCGUGCAGUGGAGUUUUUGAGUUUAACCGACCGUCUUACUGAGGGAACUAGAAAACGUGCAGUGCAAUAUAUGUCCAGCGGAUAUGUAAGACUAAUGGGUUUCAGAAAUUCUGAUGGAAGCUUCAGUGCCUUUGGUCAAGGGAGGUCUGAGCCAAGUGGAUGGUUGACUGUGUUGGCUUUGCAAACCUUGUGGGAUAUAAGACCAUACACCUUUGUUGCUGACAUCUUCGAGCAAGGUGUUCUCUUUUUGGAACGUUUGCAGGACUUGAAAACUGGAGCGUUCAAGCCAGUGGGGACGUUAUUUAAUAGUGGACUGAAGGGAGGUGCUGAUGAUAAAGUUGGGUUUACAUGUGCUGUGGUCAUGUUCCUGGCUCGGACUGCUUAUGCACCUUCUCCUUCUCUGUUGCGUCCAGCUCUCAACUACCUGGACACUGCCUCUCGAGCGGAACAGUCGGUGUACAACUACGCUAUGCUUUUCAAUGUCUUCCGGUUAUCUGGGAAUGUGGAGCGUGCCAAUGCAAUGCGUGGAAAAUUGAACGAUUUGGCCAUUGAAGACGGUGAUGGUAUUCACUGGCAACGUAAAGACCGACCAAAUCAGCAGACUCCUUAUCUGUUUUCUGCUCAAGUCGCCUCAGGAGAGAUUGAGAUCACAGCCAUGGUCCUUCAUGGUAUGGCUUAUGGGGAGAGUAGCUCUACAGUUUCCGCAGAAGACCUGAACAAAAUGGCAAAGAUUAGCAACUGGCUUGUUCGAUACCAGAAUAUACAUGGCUCUUACAGCACCACAUCGGACUCCACGGCAGUGCUGAAUGCCAUGUGUGCUUACGGAGCCCUGGUGUAUCAGAAAAAUGCCACAAACACUGUUCAGCUGAAAUAUGGAGAUCAAGUCAUCAGACAAUUCAAUGUUGACGAAUCCAGCAGAAUCCUCCUCCAGUCUGAGGUUCUUCCUCAGGUUCCUGGGAACUACAGCAUGGUGGUGUCUGGGAAUGGCUGUGUGCUGAUGCAGACUGGAGUUGUGUUCCACGUUCCGGUAAAACUGCAAAAUUCUGCCUUUUCACUGUCAGUGACGACAUUCCCAGAGAAUUGUCAGAAUGGAGUGGCGUAUUUGGUUGACUGUCAAGUGAAUGCCAGCUAUCAUGGUAUUCAUAACAAGUCCAACAUGGCUGUGAUAAUGGUUCCUUUAUUCUCGGGAUAUAUAAUGGAAGACCGUUCUCUUUCUAAGCUGCAAUCUCUGUUUCCCAAAGUUGAACAGAAGGACAACAAUCUCGUUGUGUAUUUGAUGGAAAUGACCAGUGAAGGUGUCUCCUUUAAUAUGACACUAGAAAUGAGACCCAGAGUGGAAAACUUCCAGCCAAGAACAGCGGUGGUCUAUGACUUCUAUGAGACAGCAGAAAAUGGCGUUGCUGUAUUGUACCACCCAUGCACUCCUUCAGGCUAAACAAAGAAAACAAGUUCUGAAGAUUUGGUCACCCUCCGCUCAAUGACAAAACUGCUGUACUGCUUUCUUGGUCCAGAUUGCAUAACCUAUGGAAAAAAAAUCUAAUGCUGUUGAUUUCAAUAAAAAAAUGUUAUCUUUUAAUCCAAACUUGCUUAUUGCUCAUAUGAUGCAUAAAAUUACUGCACUAAGUAAAAACAGUACAUACAGACCAUAUCUUUUCAGGAAUCCAUAAAAUCUGAGCAAUAACAGAAUACCGUGCAAAUAUUAAAUUAAUAAAAACCUUGUAAUGUA